AUGAGCGAAAUUACCUUGCCUGACUAUUACCAUAUUAGUGGGAAGCGUGAACGGGGCCAGCGAUUCGCACCCGGUCUACUGUCCAAUGCUUUCCACGGUUUUGAAGCUCCUGGCCAGAUUGUGCAAGUUUCACAUCCUCGAGGGCACUUUUUCUUGAGCAGCGUUCGUAAGAGCUCGUUAAAUGUUCUCAUUGCCGACGGCGUUGUUUCUCGCUCCAGCUGCAUCCUCAACGAAGCGUCCUAUUCACCUGGUCUACGCCACGAGAACCACGGCGGCGCGGGCCUUCUUCAAGAAAUUACGGAAGCCAGUCGCAUCGAUCUCCAACGUCUUAACACGCACCGGAUCUUGAAUGAUCCGCGUACGGAAUACUACAUAUGUAGACUAUCUCCAUUUCUCAAAACAGUUAAGAGCUCUCUGCUCAUUCAGGCGGUAGGGCCGUCCCAGAUUAGAAUGGAGGUCUUUGGACCUGGUGGCUUUGUGGAAACAGCAUCUAGGCCCCGGUCACAGUUGUAA